AACCUUAACAAUUGUCACAGAGGUGGAAAAAUUUGUGAACGCCAACACUCAGGAGCUUGGAAAGGACAAGUGGUUAUGUCCAUUGAGUGGGAAGAAAUUUAAAGGCCCCGAAUUUGUACGGAAACAUAUCCUAAACAAACAUGGGGAGAAGAUUGAUGAAGUAAAACAAGAGGUUGCAUUCUUCAACAACUAUCUUCUGGACACCAAGCGUCCCCAGCUACCGGAACAUCCCGCCAAUCGUCAGGGUGGCAUGCCGAUGCCCCCAGGGCGUGACAACUACAACAUGCCACCAGGGGGCGGGUACGGGCCACCUCAGCAGGGGGUCAUGGCCUACAAUCAACCCAGACCACCCAUGAUGGGAUACCAAGGUAAAGGACGUGAUCGAGGUCCCCCGCCUCAGUAUCAGUCCCCUAACUAUGGAGGCAGGAGAGAGGAGCCUUACAGACAGGAUCCCUACAGGAGACCUCAGUUAUCAGCAAGGUCAAGACUGGGAGAUAGACCUCAGGGGCGCAGCAACUAUUCUAGACCCAAUGAUCGACAAGUGGGACUGUCAAGAUCCAGAGAAUCCAGGAGUAUCAUAGAGUACAGAGACUUGGAUGCCCCUGAUGAUGUUGACAUCUUUUAGUUGAAUAGACUAUAGGUGGCAGCAGCAGACCGAGUAUUGAAUUUGGAGACCAAGAAAAGCCGAAAGUUAAUACUUCUAUGUCUUCUCAGGCACAGAAAAAAACUGGAGUAUUACAGUUUGUAGUAUGUGAGAGCUUUGAUGAUUUUGAGGUUGUUGUUGUUGUACUAGGAAGUUGAACUAAACUUUCGAAAGGAGGAUUAGAGUGGAUGGAACUCUUCAUUUUCUUGGAUUUUAAGAGUACAUCAGUAGAAAUACAAACAAGAAGUCAAGUAGUCACUUAAAUGUUAUAUUUUUUGUAUGUAAGAAGUGAAUAUUAAGGGGGUUUAUUAUGACCCUAGUGCAUGCUCUCCCCCCCC